GUCUUUGCAGUCUGACAGUACAAUCCACAUAGGCCCUUUCUCACUCCACUCACUCUCACUGACGUUACACAAUGGCUACUAGUAAUAGGCCUAAGCUGGGUAGAAAAAAGGAGCAAUGGGUACGGAGCUUUACAGUUUCCGAUCCAAUUACACAUCCUAAAGGAUUCACUAUUUACAAAGUAACAUAUAUGGGGUUUUUAAUCAACAAGCCAGAAGAAACAAUUGAGGUAACAGUUUGGAAAAGAUAUAAUGAUUUUAAGAAACUGUAUAAAGCACUGUUUACAAUUCAUCAGCAAAUGCGCCGGCCAGAAACAUUUCCUCCGUUUGCAAAGGCGAAACUUUUCGGUCGAUUUGAUGAAGAAGUUAUUGAAGAACGACGGAAAAGCACCCUUAAGUUGUUGGAAUUUACUGCUACAAAGUCCUACCUAGUCAACAGUCAAUAUUUUGUUAAAUUUUUUGAGGGAGGUGAAAAGAAAGUUUCAGAAGAAAAAGAACAGCCAGUCCGAAAAAACAUAUUAGUGCCAGAAAUAUUAACUCCUCAACUCAAGAACCAAGAAAAAACUGAAACAAUUGAACCACCUCAAGUCAGUUCUGGUGCAAAUUCUCCUAACCUGGCCCGACGGAUAUCGGAAAAUCCCUCAUCCGACCUGGGUGGUAUUUGGCUUCAUAGACAGGAUGAGGAAGAUGAUCCACUAUCAGAGUUAAGAGGAUUAGACAUUCAGGAUAGCCAAAUUAGUUUUGAUGGUGAUGACGAUGAUGAUGACAGAACAACCUUCAGUGAAGACUCAGUGCCAUCAACUCCUCUUCCACAAGUGCAGGACCUCUCCUUCUUCGAUCCACUUGCUGAUGCAGAGCUUCCUGUAGAGUCAAACGAUGGCCUAAUGUCACACAGUAGUAGCUGGCUCUUUGAGGCAAUGGAUAUGUGUGCUGGAUUGCAAGAGAAAGAGGUACCAAUUGAUUCAUUUUCAACAGCAUCAUCUGACACUCCUAGUGAUGGAAUCACAUUGAACUUCCCAAGACAACCAGUCAAUCAUGUAGCACCAGAUUAUGCUGAUGCUGGCACCAGUAGUCACACUACAACUACAGAAAAUACAUCUCACUUAAAAGCUGAAGAAAAGGAUUUAUCCGGUGAAAGUAGGGUUCCUGAAACGCGCAGAGAUGAUCACCAUGCAAAGUCAAUGGCGAGAGCUUACUUAAACUGCAUUCGGGCCCAGCAAGCAGCUGAGCGGGAUGAACAGCUAGGCGCUCAUGGCGGUAUUGUUGACAGUAGGAAUAUGAUGGUGCAGCAGUUACCAAUCGGGGUGCAAAAUGAGGCAUUGCAUGAAAUAGCAUCUCGUGAAAAAACUAACAUAAACUUAUCUGUCGAUACCGUAUCUACAAUGGACCUCGGUGGUGAAGAAGAUUAUUUAUAUAAAGCAGCUAAUCAUAUUCAACUUGCUUUGGAAAGUGAAUCUACAGGGAACUAUAAGUCUGCAUUUACUUACUACAAAACUGGGGUCAAUGUCCUACUACAAGGUGUUGUUACGGACAACAAUAAGGCCCGACGUGAGGCAGUUCGUCGCAAGACAGCCCAGUACCUAAUGAAAGCAGAAGACUUAUAUAAGAAGUUCCUUUCUGCAGAGGCCGCGAGUGCCAAUCGCUGGAAUUCAGAUAAAUUUCAUAUGGAAAUUAAUCACAACUCAAUUCAUUUACGAGGGUCAUUUGAUGACCUUAAGAACUUUAAAGUGAUUGGAAUAAUUGACCGGGUGCUUCUAGUGCUAGAUAUGGUGUCUAACCAAAUGUUUGUAAUCAAAGUUUUACAAAAGUGUGCUGUACCUUCAAAGAAAAGGAAAACCUGUGUGCCAGCAAAGUGUCGCUUUAUGGUUCAACUCUGCCGAUACUUUGAAACGGAAAAUGCCAUAUAUCUUGUUUUAGAACAUGCCACUGGUGGAAAACUUUGGGAUUAUGCUAGCGGGUACUUGAGGCAGGAAGAGGAUGUUAUAUGCAAACAAUCGACCAAUAGUGUUGAUUGCAGCAUUGGCAGCAGAACAUCCAGCAGGACAUCAAAGAGGUCUCGUGGCAAUAGCGUACAUGAAGAUUUUCCAGUAAAUGAACCUGCAGUAGAUGAUGUUUUUGAUUCAACUACAGGUGAAAAAAAUGAAAAAGAUAUUCAUGGUAUAAGUAGACUUGGAAGUGCAUGUCAGGCAUCUGAUGACAAUUUAAAUUUAGAACUUUCAGUUAACCGGUUACCUGAUCUGAAUUCACAAACAGAAUUAACAGACACCAGCCCAAUAUCAGAUAAGGAAAAUGGUAACCAAGACUGUGCAAGCAGUUAUGCAGAACUCAUUACUGACUACUCAAAAACUAUAAAAUCAUGUGGUGUUGAAAGCACUUCUAAAGAGUCCUCAAAAAUUGUAACAGAUCUAUCUGUCAUCACUGACUCUACUCCUUCAUCAGACUUUUCUGCCAUUGAUGAGUCUGAAGAUUUUAGUAUGAGCACUCUUAUUGAGAAAAGCUUCCAAUAUGAAGAUAGCCAGACGCAAAAUGAUGGAGUAUCUUGUGGGACGGAGGAUCAUCUAGACUCGGUAUCAUCACUUCCGGCAAAUAAUGUCACUCCUAAAAGCCAACCUCCUCCAAUGAGUUUAUUUAGUAUUGACAGCUUAGAAAGUCCUUGUGAGUAUUCAAGUCCAGAAAAUGGGAAUGUCACAAAUGGCAGAGCAUUUAGUUUUUUUUCAGAUGCACACAAUCCUGGUAGAACUUUAAACAAUAUUCCAGAGGUUAGUGAUGCAUCAAGGAAGCUUGACUUUGGUAGUUGUCCAGAUGAAGAGGUCUUUAAAGCUACUGAAGUUAAUAAAUUAUUUGAUAACAAGUCUGUUAUUAACUCCCAUUCAGUUAAACCUCCUAGUCUGUAUAUGAAUAACAUUGAUGAUGAUCUACCUAUCGUAAUAGAUGCAUAUAUGCACAAACCGCCAGAUACAAGAGGAUUUGCAGUUGUCAUGGACUCAAAAUGGAGCAGCAACUCUUCAUCUAUUGAUGGUGAUUCCUCAGAACUUUUGCAGUCAGUUGAUGUUAAGUAUGACGGUGAAGAAAAGGAUGAAGAUGAUUUUCUAGUAAUAGAUUUAGUUGACAGUGCAAUGAAUAGAGCUGAUGAAAAUGACCAAAAUAGUACUCAACGUCCAGAACUCCAAACUCAGACUUCAAGAAGCAACCUGAAUGUUUCUGGGAUGGGUAAAGGAUGUUUCCCUGGUAUUGAGACUAAUGACCAAAGUGAAGCGAAUAUAAUGAGCAGUGAAUUAAGCACCAAAGAUGUAUUAAAUUUGCCUCAAAAAACAAAUUCAGAGAGUUCAACAGAAGAUAAAAAUUUCUCAGUCUUUGUCAAUCCAUUUGAGAAAUAUGAAUCAGGGGAACCUAAUGGGGUUAAGAACCAACCACAAUUCAAGACAUGGGUUAGUAUUGAGGAUUCUCCAAAUCACAAGCCUGCAGUCACAAUCCCAAAGGGCAUUCCAACUCCAGUUUGUAGUCCAACACGAAAAACCACCACUACCACACCACUGGAUCUCAGCAAAAAGGAUUCCACUGACACUGUUGUAACUAAAGAUUUGAAGAAUGAACAUCUGAACAGUGACAAUUCUGUAGGAGAUCAAACUUUAACAAAUAGUGGUAGUCAAAUUGACAGGAAAACAUUGUUUUCUCGGGAACGUACUAUGUCUGCUCUGUUUGAGAAUAUUGACAGGAAAAAGUCAAAAGGUGCUGUUACACUGCCCGAGUCAUGUGUCCGUGUAUGGAUAGCGGAGAUAAUUCUUGCUUUGGAUGAUCUACAUUCCAUGGGUAUUAUUUGCAGAGAUUUAAAUACUAGCAACAUCCUUCUAGGAGAGCGUGGCCACAUCCGUUUGUCUUACUUCAGCGUAUGGCAGUAUAUAGAGAAUGAUUUGAACGAGUCAGCAAUGGAGAAUUUUUAUUCCGCCCCAGAAGUCAAUGGAAUAUACAAGGUGACACCUGCUUGUGAUUGGUGGAGUGUUGGCGCUUUGUUAUUUGAACUGCUUACAGGAAAGUCUUUGCAUAAUUGCCAUCCAAGUGGAAUCAAUAGUCAUACAGAAUUAAAAAUACCAGACCAUGUAUCAAAGGAAGCAAAGUCACUGCUGAACCAGCUUCUGUCCGUAAACGCAAGUGAGAGGCUUGGCUCAGGAUUAUCUGGAGCAGACGAAAUCAAGGUUCAUCCUUUCUUCAGGGACAUCAACUGGAAAACAUUAGCAAGCUGAUAAAGGACUCAAAAACUUUUUAAAUUGAGUUUUAAAGCUAAAUUAGUCUGGGAAAAAAACAGCUGAUAUACAGUAGAUACAAUUUAAAACUAUUCUGUUUAUCAUUAAGUAAAUAAUUUAAUUUAAAACUGUAUUAUUUAUUUUAAAAGGAUAGCACUCCUAACUCUCUCAGAUGGUAAUGUGAUGCUUUUAUAGAUAGUAUACAACUUUAAAAUUGUUUAACACUAAAACAAAACAAAUGUAAAGUACAGAAGUACAGUUUUCUUUUACUGUUAUCUUAUUCCUAUAUACUUAUACUAUUUUAAAAUAUUGUAAUGUAAAUUAAUUGUAAUAAUUAUCAAUGUCGGAUAAUUUUAUAAAUAUAAAUAGCAUAACUAUAUAAUUCAACAAAUUGAAAAGAUAAUCUGAGGGUUUCUAUAAUAUUUUAACCAGCAUGUCUUUGUUGUAAUCUUAAAAUUCAAGUAUAUUACUUGAUCUUUUAAUUUUUGUAUAUAAAUUAUUUAUGAAUAUAAUUAUGUUGCCAGCAAGUACGUAAUGGUGCUGCAUAUAAUUAAUUGCCUGCUUCAUUAAAUUAGUGUGAAUAAUGUUUAUCUUAUGAAUACUUAAAACAAACUAUGGCCAAUUGCGAGAACACACCUUUGAAAGAUAAUGAGGACGUAGGCUUGGUUGCAUGGUACUGUAGUUUACUGCACGCAGGAAGCCAGAGGCUGAAUCUUCUGUUUAUCGUUAAGGGGUGUUCUCUCUUAAUUGGGAACUGUCAGUACAGUACUCUGUUCAUUAGGAUACCUUAUAAACAAGAGUACCAAAAUCACUGAAGAUUUGUAUGUAAUGUUUAAAAUGUAAAUGAUAAUAUAUGGUAGUAAUUUAUUUUUUUAAAUAUCUGAGACCACUAAGCCUGACACUAGCAAAUCCAGUUGUGUGGAAAAGUUGUUUUUUCCCAGGUCAACUUGCAAUAACUUAUUCAUUUUAGUGAUUCAAUAUUAUUUAUUGCUAUAUAAGUUACUAUAUUUUUAUGUCAUUUUAUCUGUUUUUGUUUGUGGGGAUUAGGUCAACAAACAUUGCACUGUAUUGGUUUGCAUAUUCAAUGUGCAUUUAUUUUAGUAUGGUGCUUUAGUAGACAAAUAAGAAAUUACAUAUUUUUUGUUGUUUAAUUUUUACCCAUGUCCUCCAAAAUGAUUACUGAAGCACCUGGUAUAUUUGAUUCAAUGAUAAUUUUAUCUGAAAAAUACUAGUGUAAACAGUACUUAAGUAAAACAACAUAUAUGCACUACCAGUUUUUCUAGCGAUAGUAAUAGCCCUGAACAUGUGUUCUUUAUGAAACGUAUAAUGGUGAAACCUGAACAUGUAUAAAUUUUGAAAACUUCACUAGUUUGUACCCUCCUUCAUAGUGGGCUUGAAUGUAAGUAGUGGGUCAUAAAACCUAUGCAGAAAUAAUGUACCUCUAAAUUCAGCUGAAUAGACUAUGGUUUACUGUUGUCAAAGUAAAUCUAAGGACUGUUUUCUAUUUACUACAGUAUUGGUAUUCAUCAAUUUGAACAAUCAAAUUCAUAUUAGUUUCUUCAUCAUUCUAGCAUGGUGUAUAUGAAUUGAUGUGCUGGAGCUUUGUGUUUUUAAUAAACUUUCAAUAAAUCAAUAAAUUACAACAGGUCAUUUGUUA